AAAACGUGGAAGUGUAACUCUACAAAAAACUGCUUACAGUGCCAUCAAGCAUUGUAUUUGUCCUCUAGACAGAUAGGGAAAGACUCCAACGAUAGAUCUUCGGUCUGAUUCUCAGCAAGGAUGCGCAUGGACCUAGGAGUCUCCAGACGCGCAGCAGAGGAUUUUGCGCACUGAAAUCGAGUAGAGCUGAAGUGAGCGCACAGCGAGCAAACUGCUGUCUGACUGACCGCGGCUCCAUCGCUGGGAUACGGGCUCGUUUGCUUUUGCUGUGUGAGAACAUUGUCAGUGCUUUAACACAACUGCUCGGGAUUGAACAGGGGGACAUAGUUAUCACUUUAUUUCGCUUUGGUUUGAUUCGCAACUUACAGAAGAAGUCUUUUUUUUUAACGGAGUCACUGAAUGUAGCCGUUUUACUUUGUUUGUAAAGAUCUCCAAAGUGUCCCAUCUACUCGGGGAGAAUUCAAACAAGAUCCCAGAAGACCUUUGAGAGGAUCUUUUUUUUUUAAUGAUUUUCCCAAAGUGGGUUGAACAAGGAUGAUCCCAACCGCCUUAACUGACCAACUGAGGUAUUACAUUUGAAAAGCGGUGAUCCCAGCAAUGCUUCAGCGGCAUCUUCGUCCGUCCCUCUCCAAAUCUCGCAGAGAGGAUUUAAGCGCUGCUCUUUUUGAAUAAGUCGACAAGUCACUGAAGAUGAGAGCUGUGCAAACAUUCCUGUUUCUUUUCGUCCUGCACCAGGUCACAUGCAGGAAAGCACAUGGAGGAGCCUCAGAGCUUAUUGAGUGGGGAGACAGCGAUAAUGUGCAGAAGAUUUCUCCCACAGGGGCCAGUCCACGAAUCCUCAAUCCUCUGCGUUUGUUUGCCAAGGGCUCCCCUGGGUUCAAAAGCAACAUGAGGGAAAUCACAUAUUUACAGAACAUGGAGGACUUCUGGGACUGGUUAUCUAACCAGACAGAUGUUCAGGGUGCACAGGCUAGAACUAAACGCAGGCCCAUCGUCAAGACCGGCAAGUUCAAAAAGAUGUUUGGGUGGGGGGAUUUCCACUCAAACAUCAAGACUGUAAAACUCAACCUGCUGAUUACAGGGAAGAUCGUGGACCAUGGGAAUGGGACUUUUAGCGUUUACUUUCGCCACAACUCCACUGGCUUGGGGAAUGUGUCAGUCAGCCUGGUGCCGCCAUCAAAGGUUGUAGAGUUUGAGAUUGCCCAGCAGUCCACGCUGGAGACAAAAGACACCAAAUCAUUCAACUGUCGCAUUGAGUAUGAGAAGACGGACCGCAAUAAGAAGACUGCCCUGUGCAACUUUGACUCAUCCAAGGUGUGCUACCAGGAGCAGACGCAGAGCCAUGUGUCCUGGUUGUGCUCAAAACCCUUCAAAGUCAUAUGCAUCUAUAUAGCCUUUUACAGUGUAGACUAUAAAUUGGUGCAGAAGGUAUGCCCUGACUACAACUACCAUAGUGACACACCUUACUCCUCCACAGGAUGAUCUAGCUGUUGUAAGUGUGCAUUCACUUUUAGUUUGAUUCAAAUAUGUCAACGUCAACCUUUAAUCUCUUUGUCCCAAAACACCUAAAUAAGUGAGACAUGCUCUGGAGAGAUUUGGAUGCAUUGUUACAAACUUUUGAACAUACUGCGGACAGAUAUACAGAUUUAACCCUUGGGAUAGUUAGGUGUUGAGGGACUCGGUUUUAGGGGUUGACUUGGGAUUCAGAGAUUGCUACCAACCCUGGAUGACUCCUCCACAUCACAACACCACAUGUUCUCCUUAAACCACUGGUGUAAUUAGCAUGUUGUCCAGAUGUUUUCUCCAAGGCUAGACCAUAGGCAAGCUGUCUCCCAAGUGGAAGAGAACAUAAUUGGCUUCUACUUUUUCAAACAAUUUCCUCAGCUCAUUUAAAAAGUCAGUUAUGGGAUAAAAUAUGACAAGACUUGAAAUCAUGACAAUAGUUACAAUACAAACACAAUACAAUUGUUGUUCACUUUGGUGUUGAAAUGAUAUAUAACCCAUUGAAGUGUUGCUACAUUUUCACUUAUAGAUCAAAAGAAUCUCUUCAUUGCUUUUGAAAUAAAUUAACAUCCAUUUGUACAGACAUAGGCAGGAGAGCUUUUUAAGAUUAGUCUCAUCAAUGUUCCCCCCCCCCCCUUCCCAAAUGUCUCAGAACAAUUAAUAUGGCUGUAAAUGUGUUUUCCUUAUCUAUCUCUUAUAGGGAUGUUAAUGGAGUGAGUUGAUAGAUUAUAUGCCCAUGACAAAUUAUUGCUCAAGCACAUCUAAUCCAAAGGCAAAGGAUCGUAAAUCAUUACACAAAAUAUGUGCAACCCGACUCCUGUCUUUUUACUCUUUAAAUGUGUUUUUUUUUUUUUUUUUUUUUUUGCUGCAAUCACAGGAUGUGUAUGCUUAACCGGUAGGAAAUCCAACAUCCGUGUUUGCAGGAUGCACUUUGAGGCAUCAGCGGACUGAACAGAAGAGCAGUGGAUUAAUAUGUCAGGAGAGGCAGGGGGAAAGUGAUAAUUGCAAGACUAAGAUUUAGUGAGUGUGGAAGACAAUUAUCAGCACUUUUUACCGGUCCUGCCACCAGUGCUAACAUUACCUUCCAUAUGAUUUAGUUUAGAGCAAGGGUAAAGGAACCAAAAGUAGAAAAAGUGAAAUAAACAAAAUAAAGGAAAAAAAGGAGAACACUAAAGAAUUGGUCUGGAAUAUUAAUGGGAAGCAGGACUUGUUUUGAAAGUAAUAAACCUUUCAAGAUUUCACAGCAGACUAAAGUGAACUGACUGAAAAGUUGGACAACAUCAAUAAUGAAAUGUGCUUUGACUCAGCUAUCCAAUUUUCAAAUGAAAAUCAUCAAGACACAAAAAUAGUGUCAUGUGGGGGGUUAGGUCAUGUGCCAAUCAUUUCCAUCAUUGUUACCUUAAUACUGUACCUCAUGUCUUAUCCCAUCAGCUGUAAACAACCAUCAAAUUAAACAAAUCAAAAGGUGUAUGAUAAGGUACUUACUAAAUUCAAGGUGAUCUAGGUUGAUGUUUUAGUUCUCCUCAUUUGUGCAAUUGCUGUGUAUUAACGUGUAACUCUAAAUCUUGACCUUUUUACUUGCUAUACAAUGUCGAUUUAUCCACACAUUUCCAGAGAAUGAUAUAUCAAGAAGUAAAAUGUAUCUUAUUUUUGGUGUUUGUUAAGCGAUAUCAUGUAAAUACCUGUCAUACUUUACUGCUUAAGGUGAUAUAUUGUUUUAUUUACAUAUUUGUAAUCAAUGCAGAUUUGAUUUAUUUUGAUUUCCUGCUUGAUAAACUAAGUUUUCCCUGUUAAAAAAGAAAGAGCAAUGCGUCUGUGUCCAUUGUACAAGUUAGACAUUCUGGGACGUUUUAAUACAUUUAGGGUUCAUUUUGUUAAGAUGAAAUUGUAAAGAUCAAUUUAGGUUUUUAUGGCAUUAAACUUUAUUCAAACCUG